AUGAGAAGCAAAGAUCAACGAACCCUAUCUAUCUAUCUAUCUAUCUAUCUAUCUAUAAAAAGAAUACUCGCUCGGCCCGCCUAUUCAAUCUAUCUAUCUAUCUAUCUAUCUAUCUAUCUAUCUAUCUAUCUAUCUAUCUAUCUAUGUUCAUAUCUAUCUAUCUAUCUUUCUUAUCUAUGUUCAUUUCUUUUUUCUUUCUUUCUUAGUCUAUUCAUAUUUAUCUAUCUAUCAUUUCUUAUCUUUCUUUCUAGUCUAUUAUCUAUCUAUGUUCAUUUCUUUUUUCUUUCUUUCUUAGUCUAUUCAUAUCUAUCUAUCUAUCUAUUAUUUUUCUAUUUACUUAUCUGUUUAUAUCUCUCGGCCUAUUCAUAUCUCUCAGCCUAUUCAUAUCUAUCUAUCUAUCUAUCUAUCUAUCUAUCUGUUCAUUUCAUUUUUUUUCUUUUUAUCUAUCUAUUUAUCUAUCUAUCACUGUUUAUUUCAUUUUUUUCUUUCUUUUUCUAUUUCUUUCUUUCUUCUUUUUCCCUUAGUCUAUUCAUCCCUCGCUCUAUCUAUCUGUUUCUCACUAUAUAUAUCUAUCUAUCGCUUUAUCAUAUCUAUCUAUCUAUCUAUCUAUCUAUCUAUCUAUGUUCAUUUCUUUUUUCUUUCUUUCUUAGUCUAUUCAUAUUUAUCUAUCUAUCUAUCUAUCUAUCUAUCUAUCUAUCUAUCUAUCUAUCUAUCUAUGUUCAUUUCUUUUUUCUUUCUUUCUUAGUCUAUUCAUAUUUAUCUAUCUAUCUAUCUAUCUAUCUAUCUAUCUAUCACUCAUUCAUUUCACAUUUCAUUUUUCUUUUUUUUUCUUUUCUUUCUUUAUUUCCCCCUCUCUCCCUCGCUCUAUCUCUCUCUUUUCUCAUUUGUUCGGGAUUUCUGCAACUUUCCUGUUUACUCCCUUUUCUCUCUUCUUUUAUUCAUUUUCCUGUGAUCAUUCCUCGGCUUUUUCUCGGUGUUGUUUCAAUUCCAGUUGUUUUUUUUUGUUUGUUUUUUCAAUAUCUUCCUUUCUGCCUAACUCCCUAUCUAUCUAUCUAUCUAUCUAUCUAUCUAUCUAUCUAUUAUAAAUUAACUGAUUUAAAAUAUGUACUUCCUAUUUUUUACUAUAAUAUAUCUAUCUAUCUAUCUAUCUAUCUAUCUAAUUUCUUACCUGCUUUUCUUUCUGUCGACCUGUCCGUCUUCUUUCCUGUCUAG